AUGUCGUUGGGUACUUUAUAUGCUGGUGAGGCCACCAGAGUUUUAGCCGCCAAGGGUGUCGUCAAGGCUUUGGACUUAGACGUCAAGUUUGGUGAGAAGACUGAUGAGGCUUUCCAAAAGAACUUCCCAUUGGGUAAAGUUCCAGCCUUCAUUGGUCCAAAGGGCUACAAGCUGAACGAGGCCAUCGCUGUCCUCUACUACUUGGUGUCUUUGAAAGAUGAAAAUCACCCAUUGCUCGGAAAGACCUUCCAAGACCGUGCUCAAGUCUUGAAGUGGAUCUCCUUCGCUUCCUCCGAAUUCAUGGUUGAGGCUACGACUGCCUUCAAACCAUUUGUUGGCAAGGCUCCAUACAACAAGAAGGCUGUCGAUGAAGCCCUCGACAAGAUGGAGAAGUGUGUGUCUGCUCUGGAGGCCAGAUUGGAGCACUACACUUACCUGGUCGGCGAGAGACUGACCAUCGCUGAUGUGUUUGUUGCUUCUAUGUUCUACAGACCAUUCACCGUUCUGUACGGUGACGAGUGGAGAUCCAAACACCCAUACUUGACCAGAUGGUGGAAGACGAUUGCUGCCACUGACUUCUUGAACUGGUUCUUCAAGGACGUCAAGCUGAUCGAGAAACCUUUGGAGGCUCCAAAGCCAGCCAAGAAGGAAAAGGCUCCAAAGGCUGAGAAGGCUCCAAAGGCCGAGGCCGCUCCAAAGGCUGCUGCCGAAAAGCCUGCCGAGGAGCCAGCUCAAGAGAAGAAGCCAAAGCACCCAUUGGGGGCUCUUGGCGAGCCAACCAUCCCACUUGACGAGUGGAAGAGAAAGUACUCUAACGAGGACACCAGAGCCGUUGCUCUGCCAUACUUCUGGAACGAAUUCUUCAACCCAGACGAAUGGUCUCUGUGGAAGGUCGCUUACAAGUACAACGACGAGCUUACCCUGACCUUCAUGUCCAACAACCUGAUUGGAGGAUUCUUCAACAGAUUGUCUGCUUCCACCAAGUACAUGUUCGGUUCUGCCGUCGUUUACGGAGAAAACAACAACAACGGUAUCAUCGGUGCUUUCCUUGUCAGAGGACAGGACGCUGUUCCGGCUUUCGAGGUUGCUCCAGACUGGGAAUCUUAUGAGAUCACCAAGCUGGACCCAUCCAAGCAAGAAGACAGAGAAUUUGUCGACAACAUGUGGGCUUGGGACAAGCCUGUCAACGGCCAAGAGAUCGUUGAUGGUAAGGUGUUCAAAUAA